CUCCAGUCAUUCGAUGCCCUUGUAUACCCCAGAAGGAGUCUUGAUAAAUUCCUGACUCGAUCCGACUCUUUCAAUCUCUGAAUCAAUUUAAUAAAACACCUCGCGGAUCAACUGAUUUUGUUUUUUUUUUAUUCGAAAUCUUGAAAAUUGAUGGACAACAAGGCCGAAACAGCCAAUAGUGGAAGCAACAACUUCGAAGGUGAGCAGGAAGUGAACCCUAAUAAUACCAAUGGCUUGACUGAACAAGUGAUUGCAGAAGAGGCCGACUCGGAUUCUGACUUGAGCCAACAUCAACAACAACAUGCGCUAUCCAGAACAAGAACUCCUUUCACUAAUCUCGGUCAGGUUGAAGCUGACCUGGCUCUUGCCCGAAGGCUUCAAGAACAGGAAAGGGCAUAUAUGAUGUUGGGUUUGAAUAAUGAUGGAAGUGAUUAUGGAAGCUGGGAAGGUGGAAGCUAUUUGCACUAUGAAGAUGAUGAUUUUGGUGGGCCAGAUUAUGAGACCGAUGAAGAGGGAAAUGGCACUGAUGUUGAAGAUGGUGAUGAGGAUGAUGAUGAUGAUGCAUUUGAUGUGCAUGAUCAUGAUGAAAAUGCGGAGGAGGAUAACAACCCUAGUGUUGAAUAUGAUUCCGAUGUUUUUUCAAGUGAUGAGGCAUACGCAAGAGCCGUUCAGGAUGCUUUAGCCCGUGCUGGAAUAAAUGAUCGAGAAAUUGAGGACCCAGAGGAUCAUGGUGGUAACUCUCAGGAUGCAUGGGAGGAAGUAGAUCCAGAUGAACUUUCAUAUGAGGAGUUGAUAGCAUUGGGUGAAUUGCUUGGAGCAGAGAGCAGAGGUCUUUCAACUCAUGCACUUGCCUCAUUGCCAACAAUAAACUUUAGGACAGGAAGCAGUCAGAGUGAAGGCAAUGAUUUAUGUGUCAUUUGUCGUGUGGACUAUGAGGAUGGUGAGACCUUGACGUUGCUUUCUUGCCAGCAUGCAUACCAUUCUGAGUGCAUAAACGAUUGGUUGAGAAUAAACAAGGUGUGCCCUAUUUGCCUUACCGAGGUUUCCACUUCUGGGCACAGCUAGUGUUUGUGAAGCAGUAUCCUGUUUGUCGAAACAAAGAUAAGUCAUGCACAAGGUUAAUCCAUAUCCCAGAUUUAAUUUUGCACAUUGUAGUGUUCCUAGUUGAAAACCCCCAAAAAAAAAGACCGCCUUCUUGUACACAUUCAUGUUUGAAUGCAAUAUUGAUAUUAAUACUUAGCCUUGGGAAUUCGUUAGAAUAUGUGGCUGUGUGACCAUCUCUGUUUAAAAUGACAGCCAUAACAGCCAGAUGUUGGAAUUUUUAAAAUAUGCUAUUUUGGAUUGAAGGUAGUGAAAGUUAAAUUAUAUAUUGCUUUUGGAUCUCGCCCUUGGCCAGAUCGUGAUA